UUGGCUGCUUGUGAAACUUAACCUUGAAUAUUUUCUUUGCUUUUAUCGUGAAAAUUCACAUAAUGAAGUUACAACUAUAAUCUAACAAUAUGGAAAGCCAAGAGGACCCAGUUAGAUGUUUAAAGCAAGAGCCUAUCGAUACUUGGCCAGAUGUAGGCAACAAUUAUGAUUUCGACUCAAUAAACUCUUGCGAAGUCAAAAGCAUUAGAAAUGUCUCGAUUUAUAAAUCAUCAGCUAAUUGCAAAAAUGAGGUUAUGUCAUUACACGAAAAAUCAGAUAAAAAAAUAUUCAUUGAUUUUGAGUGCAAAGAUGUAAAACCUGAACUGAAGCCUCCAUCAAAAACGUUGUGUAAAACUGAGUAUCAAAGUUUUUCAUCUUUUGUAAAGAUAGAAAACCAGAAUGAGACUAGUUAUUUGCGCGAAAAAAGUCUAAUAAUUCUGAUUAAGAAAGGAUUUAAUUACGAUGGUAAUUAUCAAUUUCAAGAAAAGUCCAGAUUGAAUUAUGAAGGAUAUAAUAAUGAGAAAGUAUUAAUAAGAAAAACAUCUCAAACCAAAUUAUCUCACAAUUAUAAUUUGUAUCGAAAAACGCAUAAAGAAAAAGCGAGUCUAAAUGCACAUAUCAAUACGACACAGGAGAACAUUCGAUCAUGUGAAUGUGAUAUUUGUCACAAAGCAUUUGGACGCAAAGCUAACCUCAAAUUACACACAAAUGCAGUACAUUAUAAAAGCCAACCCUUUGAAUGUAAUGUGUGUCACAAAUUAUACGGUCGCAAAGUUACCCUCAGAACCCACAUAACUACAGUUCACGAUCUUUGCAGAACCUUCGAGUGUGACAUUUGUCUCAGGACAUUUGGGCGAAAAUAUGACCUCAAAAAUCACGUGAAUAUAGUACAUGAUCGUAGCAAACCCUUCGAAUGUGAGAUUUGUCACAAAUUAUUUGGACAAAAAUGUAAUCUCAAUAAGCACAUAAGAUCAGUACACUAUCGUAGCAAGCCCUUUCAAUGUGAGAUUUGUCACAAAUCAUUUGGAGUAAAGGGUAACCUCACUACACACGUAAAUACAAUACAUAAUCGGAGCAAACUCGUGGAGUGUGACAUUUGUCACAAAUUAUAUGGUCGCAAGGAUACCCUUAAAGCUCACAUAAAUGCAGUGCAUAAUCGUGCAGUACAUAAACCCUUUGAGUGUGAAAUUUGUCACAAAUCAUUUGGAUACCAACAGCACCUUGAAUGUCACAUAAAUAUUGUGCAUUAUCAGAGAAAACCCUUCGAGUCCUACAAAGUCUUCAAAGAUUACUUAUGUGACGAUUGUGGAAAGAAAUUUGCAAAUAAACGGAGUUUACUCUUACACGUGACAACAAUCCAUGAGGGUUGCAAAGAUUAUGUAUGCGACAAAUGCGAUAAGAAAUUUGGACAAAAAUCGAAUCUGGUAAGGCACCAAAGGGCAGUUCACGAAGAUCGAAACUUUGCAUGCGGUAAGUGCGAAAGAAAAUUUGGACAUAAAUCAUAUUUGUUGAAGCACCAAAAGAUAGUACACGAAGGACGCAGAGAUUACCCAUGCAAAAACUGUGAGAAGAAAUUUGGACAAAGCAUAGAUUUGUUUCGGCACCAGAAGACAGUUCACGAAGAUCGAAAAGACUUUGCAUGCGGUGAGUGCGAAAGAAAAUUUGGAAAUAAAUCAGAUUUGUUGAAGCACCAAAAGAUAAUACACGAAGGACGCAGAGAUUACCCAUGCAAAAACUGUGAGAAAAAAUUUGGACAAAAAAUAGAUUUGUUUCGGCAUCAAAAGUCAGUUCACGAACGUCGCAAAGAUUACGCAUGCGAUAAAUGCGAGAAGAAAUACGGGCGCAAAUCGAUUUUGCUCAUACACCAAAAGAGAGCACACGAGAUACCACGCAACGAUUAUGAAUGCGACAAAUGCAAGAAGAAGUAUGGACAUAGGUCAUCUUUGUUUUUCCACAAAAAAACAAUCCAUGAAGGUCGGAAAAAUUACGAAUGCGACAAGUGCGAGAAAAAAUUUGGACGAAAAUCGGAUUUACUUCUCCACCAAAAGACUGUCCAUGAAGGUCGAAGAGAUUUUGCGUGCGACAAAUGCGAGACGAAAUUUGGGGAUAAAAGCAAUUUCAUAAAGCAUCAAAAGAUAAUACACGAAGGUCAUAAAGAUUACGCAUGCGACAUGUGCGAGAAGAAAUUUGGACUGAAACAUGAUUUGCUUGUCCACCAAAGGACAGUGGAAUUCUGA